AUGGAUUCCCAAACCCUAAAAAUCUCAACAACACUUUCCCUUUUCUUUUUCCUAUUCUUAUUUUCAUCAUCAACAAAAGCACAAACAUCAUCACCAUCAUCAAACUUGGUUGACACAAUUUGCAAAGAAACCCUAGACAACACAAAGUGCUUGGCAGCUCUUGAAUCCGAUCCAAGAUCAAAAACCACAACAAGUCUCAAAGCUCUUGCCAAGAUAUCAGUUCAAUUAUCAAUAUCAAACGCGAAAGGGAGCCUCAAUUUCAUCAACAACGAAAUUAAGAAGGGAAGUGGUAGCGGUCAACAAGAAGUACUUGAGCAAUGUGCUUCUUCCUAUAAAGCCACGGUGGAAUCAUUCUCGAGUGCACUCAAGGAACUCGAUGAUGAUGUUAUGUCGGCUAAUUAUGAUAUCAAAGUGGCUGGAGACGACGCUGAUUUGUGUCAGGCUGAGUUGGUUUCGAAAAAGGUUGAAAUUCCUUCUUUGGAGGAUAGGAAUGAUCAAGUGAAGUUGUUUAGUAAUAUUGGAUUUGUUAUCACCAAUAAACUUUGA